AAUGGCUGUCCUUGCCAGAUUUGUUCAAUACUUGUCAGAGAGUUGCGUUCAGCUUUUCUAUUCAUUCAGAUCCGGUUGUAUCGUAAAAUCUUCUAUUUUUCUUAACACUGAGAAGAACAGAAUGGCCAACUUUUUAAAGACGGAGGACCAGAUGAAGAUCAGCGAGAUUGUCGAGAAACUGGUCAAGCAAAAUUCCAAACGCUACACUAACGACGAUGCCUACUUCGAUCUGCCAUGCUGUUCCCGGGACAUAUCGCUGAGUUGUCCGGAGAUGUCCGGCAUCCAGGCUGUUUGCGCCUUCGAGUCCAUGGUCCCUCAAGCCGGAUCCCCAUACACUUACCGCGUUGGCCAACUGCUGAACAUUGGGCGUCUGGUGGCCCACCGCAUGGUGGAUUCCGAUGGCAACAGCAAUGUGUCUCUCAACCGCGACCAGUUGAACGAACGUCUGCGAUCCGCUGGAAUCUACCACAAUCGCCUGGGCAAACCCUGCGGACUUCUACCUGAAACGGAAAACGGUGGUCGUGGCGACACCGAUCCCGGCAAGCGCAAUCCCAAUCUACCGACAGCUUGAAGGCUUCCCCUCCAGUUUUAAUCUAAUUGAAUCACACAAAUCACGGCGAAAAUUUGAUUGAGCUCGUGAGCGAGCUUUGGCUGUAAACACUUUCAUCCUGAUUUAAAUAAUAACAUUUAAAUACUAAAUAGGA